CUCCACCUUGACUUGAAUCUCCUCAAAAGACAGCAGAUGUAUCAGAUUUCCUUCCAGAAGUGACCAGAUGUACCGUAGGUACCAGAAGUCCAACCAAGGACGCAAAUGUCACUAAAAGACAGGAACAGAUUGUUUCACUUGAGUUCAAAAGUGUUGUGACACACCAAAACAGAAUUCCCUCAUUCAUGGGAACAGAUAACUCAAGCUAAAACACCAAUAGAUGCAAACUCCACCUUGAGUCCAAAUGACUCUUCAUGGAACCUAAACAGAAAUAGAUGACACCAACCUAGUAUCCAGAUGACUCCUCCUGAAGCCCAGAUUGCCCUUCAUGGGCUCAAAUUGCCCCAUACGGGCCAGAUCCCCCCUCCUGGGGCGCAGAUUGCCUCAUUGAGGCGUAGAAACAAAUGAUUCUUCAAGGUGAUCAACAGUCUCAAUCCGUGCAGAUGGAACCUCCACCUCAACAUCAAGACUUUCAUCACCUCUAUGAAUCUCAGAUGAUGCAACAAUGACAGAUCCUUAUAGAAGAUAUAAGGUACCAUGCUUAAUACCUUUCAGAACCACCUUCGAAUCCUUAUAGUCCUGAUGCCUGAUUAUCUCAAAUUUGUUCAGAUAAACAACCAAAUUUUCUCCAAGGAUCAACCAGAAAACGGAGUACUCAUCAAAUCAGCCCAAAAGCAAAACAGCCCAAAAAAAAAUUCACAGUCCCUUUCCUUUACUUUUUUCACAUGCACCUGCCAAAAAAAUUUUCCUCUUUUCCUCUUCGCAGGAAACGGCGGCUUUGGACGGUGAUUGGAGAAUGACACCUGCGGCAGUUCUUCUGGGCAGCAGCGGCAACGGUGUUCACCCUCGCUCCUGCGCGUCUCUCCACUGGAUCGCAGCUCCUGCCGGUGCCAAAUGGCCUACACAACGGCGAUCUUUAGCGGCAAAAGAUCAGGACGACGAUGGCCGGUUGUGCGACGGCCCCUCUGCGGCGGCGUUUGAACGGAUCAGCGGCUGCUCUUGUGCUUCAACUUGACGACGCGAGUACCGGUGGUGGCGGAAUUGCACUCGCGCUGGCACGCGGCUUGACUGCACGCGAACCGCGGAAACAAUCUGCGGCUUCCUGCUCUCUGGUGACGACGGCGGCUUGGACCUCUGCGCACAGUGCGACAGGCGACGGUGACACGAUCUGGACGGCGGCGGCAGGACUGGAUUAAAUGGGCAAUGUCAAGAUCUCCUCUCAGAUCGGACAAUGGAAAUCUCAGAUCUCCCUUCCCGGCUGCUGAACAUGCACAGAUCCGAAAACCCUAGGCGACAAACUUCUCGCGAUUUGUGUUCUGUGUUGAACAACUAGGCUCUGAUACCAGU